AUGGCGUUCUUAAGAACCGGAAACGGAAGCGGAACACUAGACGUGACGCAGCUGGCAGCGCAGCGCGAGCAGCAGAUGGUGCAGCGGUGGCGAUGGCAGCGGGAGCAGGAGGGGCCGUUGGAAAAGGUGGUGGGAGGGGUGCUGAAUCGCCUGCUGCCAGAUGCUCCGGCCAUGGCCGCCCGGGCUGACAUUGUUGCAGUGCUCACCCAAGCUAUUCGCGUCGAGUUUCGUGCCGGGCGUCUGAUUCCCUUCGGCUCCUACGAGAUGGGUCUGUCAUCCAACACAUCAGACCUCGACCUGUCAAUGGAGGUCUCUCCGCACCCGUCUCUCGCUCCCUCGUUUGCUGUGGGCAUGAUGGCCGAGCCGCGCACGAGGGAUGCCAAGAUAGCUGUGCUGCGCCGCGUGGCUGCUGUGAUCCGGAGAAUGGAAAGAGGGUGGAACGAGUCCUCCCUUACACACAAUACCUUCCCUCCUCUCCCACGCUCCUCCAACCGUCCAAGACCUUUCCACCAUCCCCCCUCCUCCCCCCCACCAGUACCUUCCUACCUUCCCCUUUCUCCCUCCCAACACCUUCCCCCUUUCUCCCCCUCCUUCCCCUCUUCCUUCCUCUCUUCCUCCCCCUUCCCUUUCCCCCGUCCGGCCUACGGGGCAGCGGGUCAGGUGGAGUGGGUCGAAGUGGUGUUUCGGGCCAUCGUGCCAGUGGUGGAGCGAGUGGAGGUGGUGUUUCGGGCCAUCGUGCCAGUGGUGAAGUUUGUGCACUCGCGCUCACUCGUGGAGUGCGAUAUCUCCGUGGCCAACCGCGACGGCUUCUUCAAGUCGCGCUUCAUCCGCUUCGUCUCGUCCAUUGACCCGCGCUUCAGACACCUCUGCUUCCUUGUGAAGGCGUGGGCACGCAACGAGGCCAUCAAUGACCCUCGCAACGGCACCCUCAACUCCCUUGCGCUCAUCCUUCUCUGCUCUCUGCACCUCCAGCGGUCCAUCCACCCCCGCCCCCCCUCCCCAUCUGUUCUCCUCCUUUCCCAUACUCGCUCUCCCCCAAUCCUGCCGCCUUUUAAAGACCUCAUGGGCCAAUUUCCAGAGCCUCUGACCAGUGGGCGUGACGCUGUCCCCUUGCCAGAGCAGGAGCUAAUGGAUCGACUGGCACAUGCGGAGAGCAGGGCAGCGCAACUGGCAGAGCAGGGCUAUGGCAAGAGGAACACGGAGUCGCUGCCGCACCUGCUGGCCUCCUUUUUCAUUCAGAUGGCAGCACAGGAGGACCUCUGGGAGCACAUGCUAUGUGCGAGUGUGUACGAGGGCAAAUGGAUACCGCGGGACUUCCCUCAGGAGAAUCAUGUUACUGUCAUGGCUAUAGAGGACUUUUACCACCGCUCGUCCAACUGUGCGCGCACCGUUCGUCCCAAGGAGUUCACCAUCAUCUCAGCCGCCUUCUCCCGCGCUGCCCAGGCGGUCAUGGACGUCCCUUGCCCGCCCCCUUCCCUCUCCUCCGCCUCCUCUCUCGUCGACCUCCUCUUCGGAUUCUCCCCGGUUGAUUUGGAGGAUUCGGGUAAGGAUGAGAGGAACCGGGGGGGGUUGAGCAGGCGGGGAAGGGACGGGGGGUGGGAUGAGAGGGGGGAGAGGGAGGAGAGGGGGGGGAGGGAGGGGAGGCGGAGAGAUCAGAAGCGAGGGAGGGAAUGGAGUGAUGAUGGUGGCGAAGAAGGGCUUGGAGGGAAUAGGGAUCGAUUUGCUGGAAGAGGGGGUGGAAUGCGUGUGGGAGGGAGGCAAGGCAGAUGGGACGAGGAUCGGUGGAAUGGUGGGGAGAGGGGGGUUGGACCUGGUGCGCUAGAGGGGAGCGAGAAGGGGGGGGAUAGGUGGAGGGGUGUGGUGGAGGAGGAAGAGGAGAAGGAGGAUUGGAGGACACGGCCUAUUACCAUCGAUCGGCCAACAAGCACCGAAGCGACAACCACCAUGUGCCUGCCGCUGCCUCUGCUGCACCUCUACAAGGCGCAUGGGCAGUGCGACAAGCACCUUCUCACGACCAUCGCACACCUACUCUUGGGACUUUCCGUCCUUUAG